CCACCUAUUUUUGUUUCAUUUCAAUGUUGUACGAUUAAGUGAUUCGUUCUUUAAUAUAUAUUUUUAAACUGUUAUUUAUUAUUCGUGUGACUGCGGCGACGGGGAUUCGUGUGUAUCUCUCGGUCGUGCUCAGCGGCAGCAGCAUAGCAAUCCGAUUUAGACACUCGUAACGAGAGCGCGUUUUGCCGUUUGUUGUGUGAUUCUCGGGAAAUAAAAUCUUGUGUCUGCAGAUGGAAAUCUGCGGCUGCCGGCUCCGCUGGUCGGUGUAAUUUUCGCUGCCGUCGAGCACCACGGGCCGAGAAUUGGAGAAGAAGCGGAGAGCAAGAAAAUAGCCAUCCAAACGGGAAUCGCAAGAUUGUCCGCUGCACAAGUUGUGGCUACGCCAAGCAAUUCGCCUUGGCGGGUGCCGUCGAUCACUUGUACGUUCGUUCGUUUGUGCGUGGUUCGUUUGGUCGUGCGUUAGUGAGCUGGUUGGCUGGGACAAGGAUUACUGUCGUGUGUCCGCGCGUUGAUUAGUUACCGAGAGUGUGGUCAGUGAAGGUACUUUGGCAGUGGACGGUGUCUAAACCUGGCGGCAGUGCCACCGCAAUCGUGAAGCGUCGAGUGAAUUUUUCGGCCGCAGUUUAGUGAUUUUGGUGAUGUGUGCAAUUUUCCGAAAUUCUCGGUGCAGCAGAUUUGCCGUUCGCGUUCGUGCGCUCGUUCCACGGUGAUUGAGUUGUUCAAGCAUGAUGUUGAGAGAGUUGGUGUUUGAUUGGGAGUUUUGACGAUUUCAUAACGACCGUUUGGUGUGAUUGAGGAGUAGUGAAGUUUUUGGUUUGAAGUGAUAACAAAAUCAAGUUAAUCAGUGUACUUGCUGGUGUGCAAAGCUGGUGUGCGAUCAUUGCCGAUAGGGUGAGUGAUGGAUUCCGCGAUGGAUACUGCGUCCACGGCCAGCGAUCACAGCAUUGCCUCGUCAAACGAUUCACGGGGCAGACACAUUUCGUCCCCAAUACAGCACAACCACAAUGGCAGCAGCAGCCAUCAGCAUCAGCUAGACAAAACGCGCACACCGACGCCCGUGAGCCCGGUGCACAACAGUCACAGUGGCGGCAGCAAUAAUGGGCCGCUGAGCAAUCACCACAGUGGCCGCCAACUUUCGUCUAGUCCGCUGAGCGUCAGUGCCCAGGCCCAGAUGAUGGGUCACAUGGCGCACCCACUGAGCCCUCCGCAUGUGUCCACGCCGACCAGCAUGGCUGGGAUGGUCGGGAUGCCGCCCAGGAUGGCGCAGAACCUAUCGCACCUGCCACCGCACGGACUGGGCCUGCUGAACUCCUUCAUGCACCACGCUAGUCCGCUCGACUUGAUGGCCGCGGCCCACCAUCACGUGCCGCCGCGAUCGUACAACAGUCCACCGCCGAUCUCCAGCUCUGAUCCCACGGCCAACGAGUGCAAGCUGGUCGACUACCGGGGACAGAAGGUGGCCGCCUUCAUGAUACAGGGUGAAACGAUGCUAUGUCUUCCGCAGGCGUUCGAGCUGUUUCUGAAACAUCUCGUCGGCGGCCUGCACACAGUCUACACCAAGCUGAAGCGGCUCGACAUUGUGCCGCUCGUGUGCAAUGUAGAGCAGGUCCGAAUACUGCGCGGCCUGGGCGCCAUCCAGCCCGGAGUCAACCGCUGCAAGCUGCUGUCCUGCAAGGACUUUGACGUCCUCUACCGGGACUGCACCACGGCCAGAUGCUUGUCCAUAAAGCCACCUGAGAGUCUUAACUCCAGUAACUCUCUGCUAUCGCACAGUUCCAGGCCCGGCAGACCGCCGAAGCGAGGCCCGGUAGGACUUUCUAUGCCCACGUCGCACAUGCCGCACCAUGCCCAGCUGAAGAAGCAUCGCUUAGACAAUGGAGAGUUUGUGUACGAGAACGGACAUCUUAAUGAUCUGCCCCGUCUGGAUAAAUCCCCGCUGCUGGCGAAUGGCUACAAUGCACCCCCGACGCACCUGAAUCACAUACCGUUCAUGCAGAUGAACCCACAUCCGGCGACCGGUGGUCACCCGCUGAUGAGUCCUGGCGUUAACCCACACGGUAUGCAGCGACCCGACGGAUCCAUCAUUAAAGGCCAGAACAUCCCCGGCAUGGAGGCGAUUGCAAGGUCGCAUCACACGGGCAUUUGGGAAAAUUGCAGAGCCGCUUACGAGGACAUUGUGAAGCAUCUGGAAAGACUGCGGGAGGAGCGGGCCGAUGACAGGACACCAAACGUUGACCACAAACCGCGAGAUCUGAGCUCACAAGGCAGUGGUCUUCCGCUCACAGACUCUCCGAACGGUCAAAGCCCAGCCCUGAACCUGUCCAAGUCAGGUGUAGGGGAGCAUGGCGGUGGUGGUGGCGCCGGGAGCGGUGGUGGAGCAGCUGGCGGUGGCAGCGGACCCCAAAGUGAACGAAGCAACCCGAUCUCACCGGAACCGUCCGUGCACGAAGAGGACGAGAAUAUGAGUGAGGCCAACAUAUCCGACACGGAAGAACCGAACGAUAAGGACGAAGACAUCAGCGACUGUGAGCGGGACAUCCAUUCGCCGGUGCCAGCCGUCAUGCCGAUUCCGCAGGAGAUCGAGGCUCAUCGGCAGCAAGCGUUGAAUUACUCGAGCUUGGCGGCCAGCGUUGCUGUUGGCGCUGUGCCAACCGGUCAGGACCCGAACAUAUCAUCCACCGAGACGCUACUGCGAAACAUCCAGGGGCUGCUGAAGGUGGCCGCCGACAAUGCCAGACAGCAGGAGCGUCAGACGUCCUACGAAAAAGCCGAGCUGAAGAUGGACGUAAUCAGAGAGCGCGAAGUGAAGGACUCGUUCGAGCGUCAGUUGGCCGAUGAAAAGCGAUUACGAGCACUCUACCAAAAGCGAUUCAAGAAGGAGCGCCGAUUGCGUAUCCAGAUACAGGAGCGGCUGGACGGUGAGCGGAAGCGGCGUGUGCAGCUAGAGGACAUCAUCAAGGCAUCCGGCGCACCAGCCGAAGCGUUGCGAAUCAUUGCGGACAACAUCAGCAGCGAUCAGCAGCAGCGCGAGAAGGAGCGCGAGCGUGACUCGGAGCGUGAGAAGGACCGGGACAAGGAGCGCGAGCGUGACCGGGAUCGCCGGGAACAACGUGAUAAAGGACAGGAACGUGAGCGAGAGCAUCACCAUCAUCAGCAAUCGGGGUCGGCAUCGGAACGGAACCGCGACCGGGGCGUUAUCGACGAGUCCUUGCGCGGCGAUAGACAUCGGGUCGAGUCCGAACGCGAGCGACGCGCAUCUUCGUCCGAGCGGUACUCGAAGGAGGAAAGUCCCGCGCCCAACCAUUCGACAUCGUCACGUCCGAGCCAGGAAGUGUCACCUUCCCAGCCGCCGAUCAGCGAAGGUAAAUCGUGGAACUAUUCCGGCCUCGACAUCAUGGCUUCCGGGGCCUUCUGGCAGAAUUAUUCCGAAUCCCUCGCCCAGGAGCUGGAGCUGGAGCGAAAGGCACGGCAGCAGGCGACCGACGGGGAGGUGAAAGGACCGCUGCAGGACCGUUCGAAUUACUAUAAAAACUCCGUACUAUAUACCAGUGCCACAUAGUUCAAAUUAUCGCUAAUCCAUUACAAAAACCCACACACACAUUUUUCAAAACACCACUAUCGUACUGGUACCGCGUAACACAUGUGCAAUUAAACUAAAUCUGCAAGAUUCCAGCAUCUCACCCCAAUUAGCCGUGACACGAUAAUGCAUUAGCGGGCGAACCGAUUAGGGCAAAGGCGUCAGCCAACGGGGGCGAACAUACAUAUUUCAGUAAGCAGCACCGUCACAUUGUAAGCAGGUGCAUGCCAUGGAGCCGCCAAAGCACGGAAAAAACGGUGGAGAGAGCAGCAGCUAGACAGUGAUAGACUACAGUGUAUUGAACCGAUCGUUUGAAACCGCAUCCUUCACACUACUAAAUCGAAACUUGUGUCACUUUGCAUUCAAAGUCAUUGAUAAGCUUGCACGGCCCGACACGUGCCCCUAAAUCGAAUAAGGUCAGAGAGCUUAGCGUGUAAGGCACUACGGACGGGGUUCGGCAAGCCGGGUAGCGUCGUCACAUUCGGCAAAGCCACUUCAUGCGAUCUCAGCUCUAUGCAUGCAGUUCUUGAUCGAGGAGACCCAGUAGCAGCAACAUGAUUUCGACUAGGUUCGUCCAACUAGCUAAACCCCCCUCUCAUUACAGGAUAUCGGGCCGAGCAUACCGACUAUGGAUUGUGUAUCAUAUUAGGAGCUACGGAGGAGCCGUUUUUUAUAGACCAUUAGGCGAUAUCGGGCAGCCGAAGCCGACAAGUAUAAUCAUUAAACAAACAACAAUCACCUUAAAAAGUAAAGCUUUUUGCAAAAAUGAACAAAAAAAAAAAACACACACACACAAAUAUUUGAUUGGAAAGAUGAACUUAUUACACAUUUCACUUAUUUCGCAACAAGUCGCAUAUUUCUACUUGUGUACUAGGCAAACAACAGACUGUGUCAACCGACUGGUAGCAAGCCAAAUUUGAAUUAGGCAAACCCGACUAUGGACAGCACGGUUCGGUAAGAUAGACACGUGGCGAGAGAAAAUCAUAAUAAUGAGGACGCGAGUGAUUAGCGUCUUUAUUUGUGUUAAGGUAUAGGGAAACACGUGGAGAGAUGCAUUGAUUGCUCGCUGCUCACAUUCGAGUUGUAUAGAAAAAAAAAAGAAACGGUGUAAUUAGACGGCAAGAUUUGCAUUUAAACCAUGGACAUGGUGAAGCUGGAUUUUAUUUUAGUUUUAAUUUUUAUUUUAUUUAUUAUCGACACUUUUAUUUAUGGUUCCGAGUCGAUCCACUCCGUAUCCACUUGUCCCUUAAGUGAACGACUGUUAGAUUUGUUGGCAAAAAGGAUUGAUUUGGCUUCUAAAUUAUUAGAGAAAGGAAAAAAAAGCUUAUUGUUAAGAGGUCCGGAUUUGCAUAACUGUAUAUCAAUACACAACAUAUGAACUGUGCUAUGUGCUACAAACCACAAAAUAAACCUGUAUUAACUAGCAUC